CUCGAUAAUGUCGUACUAUAUCUCGGGGAAUUGUAUUAUGAUUAUCACUGACGGUAUAUGAGGCCGCUAUGACGGGUACCUGGACUUAUCUGGUCGUCCUCCUGGUGAUCUGGACUAGCUCAAAAUAUUCUGCUGCCAUACGAUGUUUGAGCUGUAAUGACGUCAUACAACCACGUCACUGUUCCGUUAUCAAACACUGCCCGGAUGGAGAUAGUUGUGUGACUGAGGCCUACCGAAAUGAGAACGGAGAAUACCUAUUCAACCUCGGCUGUAUGUCUGCACAGAGGUGUGCAUUGAUCAACACUACCCGGAGUGCUGGUACAAUCGGGAAAGACGUCCAGUCGUUGUGUACAGACUGUUGCCAUGGUGACCUGUGUAACGCUGCCGGAUGUAGGACGGAGGGAUUUCCAAGUCGAAGAGGACCAGUAUGUUUAGAUUGCCAACAGUCACGUGAUCCGUCUACCUGUGACGUCAUUACAGUUUGUCUCGAGGGCGAGCUUUGUCAUGUUGAGGAAACACACCAAUUUGGAGAUGUAUUUUAUAAAACGGGCUGUCUGCGGAAUUUUGAAUGCGCUAUUCCGCCUGUAUAUAACCCCGUGGAGGUAGGUAGAAGGGCUAUUCGACGUCGUAGCUGUUUCUUCUGCUGUCAGGAUGACCUUUGUAACACCAAAUGCACCAAUACUUCGUCCCAUCCUCAAACAUGCGAAGAUAAGUCUCCAGAUUGUGCCUUCUAUAGCAACCAUCUACAUAUAUGUAACGAUGUAGAUGCGGCCAAAAGGAUGGGAUGUUACAAAACAUGCAAUUUGUGUGGUGUCACUGCAAUCACAUCAGGAUUAUCAACUGUAUCCUCUACACCAAUGCAUCAGGGUAAUGUCAUGACAUCGACUGUACCAUUAACUAUUACGACAACAAUACCGACAACAAUACCGACAACAGUACACCUUGCUCCAUCGACGAGGGUGACGACAACGCAGGCGCCUCCAAGCCAUGGUUUCACAGGAAAGGAGUAUUUCAUUAUGUUCAUGGAGAAUUUCUCAUAUAUUUACUCCCUCACCAAACUGUUUGGAAUUAUGACGGUUUCGUCGCCAAAUACAGAAAUACAAGUGAUCACUCAUGAUAGUUCGACGUCAAAUAUCGUCUCCGGUCCCGUCUACAAUAUCAACAUAGAUGCCAAUAUGACAAUGAGGAGGAAUGGCAAGACAACCAAAGGGAUUAUUGUAGCUUCAAAUACUACCACAUCCGUUACAGCAUUCAAUAUAAAUAACCUGGGUCUAAUGGAAGGCUUUCACGUCUUACCGAUCGAGGCACUUGGAACGUCUUAUAUCGUUGGAACACUGAAACCACUAAACCUGACCGGAUCUUCAUUUGCUGUAGGAGCGCCGCACGACAACACAGUGGUCAAUAUUACACUAAGCACAUCCGCUGUGUCUGUACCUGGUCAGUAUCACAGAGAUGGGGAUACAAUUACUGUCGUUCUGGACAAACUGGACACUUUUUAUAUAGAGGCGAAGGCUGGUCAUGAUGACCUGACAGGUACGCGUAUCGAGAGUGAUAAACCUGUAGCCGUGAUUUCGGGUAAUCUGUGUUCGAAUGGAGAACAAAAGUGUAAUCAUCUUGUGGAGUAUCUACCUCCUGUGUCCAAAUGGGGGUCAAAAUUCAUGGUCCCGCCGAUUGCUGGUAGUAAUAGUGGCAUCAUAAGGAUAAUGGCAUCAGUGAACGACACGAGUGUGCAUGUUUCUGCUACAGAUUUCAACAAAACAUAUACAGUCUCAAAUUUUAUCGAUGUAGACAUGAACACUUCGUUGCCUUACGCCAUAUCUAGUGAUAAACCUAUACUAGUUCUGUUGUUUCCUGUGGCAGCAUCUAUCGCGAUGACAAUAGUUCCUUCUAUCGACCAAUUCUCACACGAAUCUGUGUUGGUAGCGCCCCCUACUGGAGACCCGAUGCCCUUUCAGAACUACCUUGUAAUCAGUAUACGUGUUUCUGAUAUGUCCGGUCUAGAGAUCCACUCAUCUGACGGAGGAGACCUACCUCUUGUUGCCAGCACGAAUUUUCCGGAUAUUGACGGCGAGAUGUUUAGUUUCAUGACAGUUUCAUGUAACAAAAACCAGACGUGUUCUGUCCAGCAUACAAACAAGAACGCAGUGUUUAGUGUUAUUGUGUAUGGUAGAACAGCAACGGAAAUGUAUGCAUAUCCCGCAAAUAUCAUGUUGUGAAUAAAAUUGAGUUUAGAACA